UCCACCCGUUUCUAUAAAUUUGAUUAAAUUCCUAAACAAACAAAAACACUCGAUUCAUUUCUCACUCUUUGUUUUCUGUCGUUUACUCUGAAGGGGUGCCCUGAGUAUAGAUCACAUAGAAAAAUGGUGAAGGCCGUUGCCGUCCUUAGCAGCAGUGAAGGUGUCAAGGGAACUGUUUUCUUCACUCAGGAGGGAGAUGGUCCAACUACUGUAACAGGGAACAUUUCUGGCCUAAAGCCUGGUCUCCAUGGAUUCCAUGUUCAUGCCCUUGGUGACACAACAAAUGGUUGCAUGUCAACAGGACCUCACUUCAAUCCUGCUGGAAAAGAGCACGGUGCUCCUGAAGAUGAGAAUCGCCAUGCUGGUGAUCUUGGAAAUGUCACUGUUGGUGAUGAUGGCACUGCCAGUUUCUCAAUUACUGACAACCAGAUUCCUCUCACUGGGCCAAACUCCAUUAUUGGAAGAGCCGUUGUUGUCCAUGCAGAUCCUGAUGACCUUGGCAAGGGUGGGCAUGAGCUUAGCAAAAGCACAGGAAAUGCUGGUGGCAGAGUAGCUUGCGGUAUUAUCGGUUUGCAGGGGUGAAAUGUUGGUCCUGGUGACCAGAAUAAUACAUGGGUUGAGAUACAAUGGCACAGAGAGCAAACUCCGUAUGUGAACUAAAACUUAGUUAAUAAAAGUAAAAGAACUCUUGUU